AUGCGUUACGUGGCCGCGUAUCUGUUAGCCGUACUGGGCGGUAAGACUUCCCCAGCUGCCGCAGACGUGGAGAAGAUCCUCAGUUCCGUGGGCAUCGAGGCUGAUUCUGAGAAACUGAAGAGAGUAAUUGCAGAGCUCAAUGGAAAGAGCGUUGACGAGCUGAUUGCGCAGGGUCGCGAGAAGCUGUCGUCGAUGCCGGCGGGCGGAGCGGCGCCGGCGGCUGGUGCCGUGGCGGCUGCAGCGCCUGCGCAGGAGGAGAAGAAGGAAGAAAAAGAGACAAAGAAGGAAGAAUCAGAGUCUGAUGAUGAGGACAUGGGCUUUGGUCUUUUUGAC